GGAAACACAGCGCUUCGGUGGCGAGGCGGAGCAAGAUGGCUGCGGCGUGUCGUAGUGUGAAGGGCUUGGUCGCUAUCAUAACCGGAGGAGCCUCUGGCCUUGGCCUGGCCACUGCUGAGCGGUUGGUGAGACAGGGGGCCAGUGCUGUGCUUCUGGACUUGCCGGACUCGGACGGUGAGGCCCAGGCCAAGAAGUUAGGAAAGAGCUGCGUGUUCGCCCCCGCCGAUGUAACCUCUGAGAAGGACAUUCAAGCAGCCCUGAAUCUAGCAAAAGAAAAGUUUGGCCGUGUAGAUGUUGCCGUCAACUGUGCAGGUAUUGCAGUGGCCAUUAAGACAUACAAUGCAAAGAAGAACAUGGCCCAUACCUUGGAGGACUUCCAGCGAGUUCUUAAUGUGAAUCUCACAGGCACCUUCAAUGUGAUCCGCCUUGCUGCUAGUGAGAUGAGCCAGAAUGAAGUAGACCAAGGAGGCGAACGUGGGGUUAUCAUCAACACUGCCAGUGUGGCUGCCUAUGAGGGCCAGGUUGGACAAGCUGCAUAUUCUGCAUCCAAGGGGGGCAUAGUGGGCAUGACACUGCCCAUUGCUCGGGAUCUGGCUCCCGUUGGCAUCCGAGUGAUGACCAUUGCUCCAGGUUUGUUUGGCACUCCGCUGCUGGCCACCCUUCCAGAGAAGGUGCGAAACUUCUUGGGUAGCCAAGUACCCUUUCCCAGCCGACUGGGGGACCCUGCUGAGUAUGCUCAUCUGGUACAGAGCAUAAUUGAGAACCCAUUCCUCAAUGGAGAGGUCAUCCGACUGGAUGGGGCUAUUCGAAUGCAGCCCUGAAGGAGCAGGAAGGGAAAACAGAGGCUUCCACUUUCCCCUGAACCUAUACAGCUUGGAGGAAGCCUGAUAACCAUUUUGUAACUGGCCACUAGCCACCCUCUGUGCCUAAUAAAUUCUUUUUCACAUGA